AUGUCCGACUCUCUCGAUCUUUUAGAACAAAACUAUCAAGACGGAGUUUCUGCUCUUAAUUCUCAAGACGUUUUAGCCACAUUAUCACAAGACAUGUCGUUUGACCGAUUGUUACACAUCGCAUGUCGCAACAACUGGAAAGAAGUAGUUGAGUGUCUUUUAAAUUACGCGCCUGAGAAAUUGACUGUUUGUGACAAUCGUGGAUACACUCCUCUGAUGACUGCGAUCAAAAGUAAAAGUGUUUCUGUCAUCAUCUUACUUCUUUCUGUUGGGGACUGCCGAGUCGACCUCUGCGACAAUUACAAAAACAACAUCUUACACAUCAUGGCGGAGAGUCCUAUGGACGAUUUGAUGUUGUUAGUAGCUCGGCGAGUUGUUGAUGAAUAUCCGCUCUUUGUGAAUCGGAAGAAUGUAGUCGGGGAGACGCCCUUUCAUAAGUCUUUAGAGGCGGGGAACAUCAAUUUUUCUCAUUUUUUAAUGAGUCAUGGCGCUUCAUUAGAUGAGACGACUUUGAAUGGGAAGACGAUAAGAGAGUACGCCCUCUUUGCUCGCAACAAUGCGCAAUUAACGUUGAAAUUUGUGGACAAUUUAUAUAAAGAGGAGAAGACGAAGUUAGACUCCCUCAAGAAGACUUUAAGUCGAGACAUCUCUCCUCUUGCCGACACUGAAGUUCCUCAAUUUCAAAAGAAAGUUGUUGUUGACAGUUGUGAUGAGAGAAUUACAGAGACAAGUGACACAAACGCGGAAGACGGAAGCACUUUUGAAGCGAAAGAAUCGACUUCGGACGACUCUGAUCAAGCCGUUGUCUUAGAUGUGUUAACGAAGUCGGGAAGAGUAAGUCAGAACACAUCCACCCCUGUGAAACAAGUCGUUUUGAAGCGAAAAGAGACGCCGAAGACUCGAACGCGUGUGGAUGAGUUCAAAGAGUAUCUCCGUCACUUAGAGAUCAACACGAAGAUUAGUGAAGGCAUCGACUCCUUCAAUCGAAAGAAGAAAUUCCGCAUCAUUUCGAUCGAUGGCGGAGGAAUUAAAUGUAUCAUGCAAGCUAUUAUCAUCGGAAGACUUAUGGAUAAGUACCCAACACUCUUAGAUUCAGUCAACUUGUACUGCGGCGUCUCCGCUGCAAGUUUCACUGCAACAUAUUUCGCAAUGGGAUAUCAUCCUAAAGACGUCGCGAAACUCAUGAGCGUCAUGUUCAAACAUGUCUUUGAAAAGAAGUCGCGCGGCUUCAUGGAAGCACUCUAUUCAAACAAAUUUCUCAUCGAGGCGGCUACAGCGUCGUUCGGCGAGUUGAAAUUGUCCGAUUUGAAGCGACACGUUUUGGUCAACGCUUUCCAAUUCGACACGGGAGAAAACGACCCAAAUCGCUGUUGCAAAGCGUGUUUCUUCAACAACUUUAUCCCAGGAUAUGACUGCAAAAUAGCAGACGCUUGUUUGAGGUCUUCAGCGGCGGUUGGCUACUUCCCGCCUUAUAACGGAUUUGCUGAUGGCGGAAUAUUCGAAAACAACCCAAUCACUUGUGCAUUCCCACUCAUAUUCGGAGAGAGAGGUCUUGGAAUGGACGUCAAGAACACCGUUUGCCUGUCAAUCUCGUCCGGAAGAGCUCCAAACAAUUUCAUUGAUAGUAAAAAAUACACGGAUGUCGGGAUGGUCCAACUCUUGCCGUUGUGCGUCGAUGGGUUCUUGUGGAGUCGAAAGUCAAUGGCCGAUGAAGUGGGGAAAGGAUUCUUAGGAGAAAAAUACAUGCGCUUUGACCCAGUACUUCCAGAACAAUAUGACUUGGACUGCGCGGACCACAUCGACCGCCUUAUUGAGUUGGCAAAUAACAUCGACAUAUCGGAAGUCGAGGAUUGGGUUCUUAAGUAUUGGUUCUAA